AUGGAGGGUGAAAGUGAACCCAAUAUUGCUGAUGUGAUCCGUCAUACCAUGUCAAGUCUAAGGCCUACAUAUAUGCAGCAGGCUAUUCAGGCUAUGCAACAAGCAGCGCAUAAUCUUCCUUCAAAUCCAAAUCCUGUUACUACACCAAAUACUAGAAUUCCUGCAUCCAGUUCAGGUAACCCAACGGGUGAAAUAUAUAUAUGGCUUGAAAGGUUUAACAAACAAAAACCUCAGUCUUUCUCAACUGCCAUAGAUUCUGUGGAUGCCGGACACUGGAUUCGAUACAUAGAAAAUAUUUUUAAUGUCUUAGAUGUUCCAGAUCAGUAUCGGGUCCGUUUGGCUACUUAUAUGUUUAAGAAAGAAGCCAAUAAAUGGUGGGAAUCUUGUAUCCAGACUGAUCCAUCUGUUAAAGACUUGUCUUGGAAUAAUUUCAAAGAAUUUUUCUUCAAGCAAUACUUUACCUCGGCUGAUCGCGAUGCCUAUGUGCGGGAAUAUACUACAAUCCAGCAAGACGAGGAAGAAACAAUUGCCGACUACAUGGCGUGGUUUCUUAAAUUUUCUCGUUUUGAAGGAAAUACUGCAGGCACUCAAGUCCAACAAGCUGACAAAUUUAAAUGGACUUUGAACUCGAGGUAUAAAGAUCGCCUCUUGAAUCAUCAUUUUCAUACAGUUACUGAAGUGGCCGACGCAACAAAGAAUAUUGAUUGGUCACGACAACAAUGGUUAACUUCACGCGUUGACAAUAAGAAACGCGGAUCUGAAUCUUUCUCCCAAAGCAACCCUUGUUUUGUAAAAUCAAAGUCAAGCAGUGAUACUAAAAAAGGGUCGAAUCUAUUCAUGCCACGACUUCCAGUGUUGUCUAGCAAUGGGAGUCAAAAUGUUUCUAGCCUUGUUAUUAAUUGUGAUCGAUGCAAUCUUCGACGUCAACCGGGUCCAUGUUUAAAGAUGACAAGCUCUUGUUUCAAUUAUCGAGAACAAGGUCACAUGGCAAAACAUUGUCUCAAAGCUCGGAUCCAAACUGAUAAAGGGAAAGGUAAACAACCAAGUACUAGUGGACGAGUCUUUGCAUUACCUGGCAGCAAAUCUCAAGAGGGUAUGAUUUCGGGUCAUGUUAAAUUAAUUGAUUUAUCUGUUUAUGUUUAG